CGGUCUCCGAUGCGGCUGUUUUUGUUGGGUGAAAGAGAAAAAGAAAUUCUAACCAGUUACUUUCUCCCUCUCGAUCCAAUCUUCUUCGAAUCACACCCGUCUCUUCUUCUCUGUUUAGGUCACUGAUCUCUCCAACUCCCCAGUCUGGAAGUAAUGGCUGAUUCUCCGGAAGAGCAGGAUCCAACACAUGGUCGAGGAGGAGAAGAGAAGGAAAUAGUGGCCGAAGGUAGUGACCUUGUGCAUGGAGAGCCUUUUCCAGAUGGUAGUGGCCCCCCUAAAGUGGAUACCCAAGUGGAGUUCCUGCAUGAGAAAGUCACCAAGCAGAUCAUUAAGGAAGGUCAUGGUUGCAAGCCAUCCAAGUACUCCACGUGCUUCUUGCACUAUAAGGCAUGGACUAAAAGCACUCGGCAUAAGUUUGAGGAUACAUGGCAAGAGCAACAACCUCUUGAAUUGGUUCUAGGAAAAGAGAAGCAAGAAAUGACUGGUUUAGCUGUUGGUGUUUAUAGCAUGAAGUCUGGUGAACGUGCUGUCUUGCAUGUUGGCUGGGAACUGGGCUAUGGGAAAGAUGGCAGCUUUUCUUUUCCAAAUGUUCCUCCUAUGGCAGACUUGUUAUAUGAAGUUGAACUUAUUGGAUUUGAUGAAGUUAAUGAGGGAAAGCCUCGUAGUGAUAUGACUGUUGAAGAAAGGAUUAGCACAGCAGACAGAAGAAAAAUGGACGGAAAUGCUCUGUUUAAGGAGGAGAAACUGGAGGAGGCAAUGCAGCAGUAUGAAAUGGCCAUAGCAUACAUGGGCGACGAUUUUAUGUUUCAGCUGUAUGGAAAGUACCGUGACAUGGCCUUAGCUGUUAAGAACCCAUGCCACCUUAACAUGUCAGCUUGCCUCAUAAAGCUGAAACGGUACGAAGAAGCAAUAGGUCACUGCAAUCUGGUGUUAAUGGAGGAAGAAAAUAAUGCGAAGGCAUUGUUUAGAAGAGGGAAGGCGAGGGCAGAGCUUGGACAGACGGAAUCCGCACGUGAAGAUUUUGUCAAGGCACGAAAGUUUGCUCCGGACGACAAAGCAAUCACAAGAGAGCUGCGUGCACUUUCAGAAGAAGAGAAAGCGCUGUAUCAAAAGCAGAAGGAAAUAUACAAAGGGAUGUUUGGACCAAGACCAGAAGCAAAGGCAACGAAGGAGAAUUGGGUGAUAAUGUUGUGGCAGUGGUUGGUAUCUCUCUUCUAUCAGAUCUUCAGAGGCCAGAGAGUGAAAACAGACUAAGGUCGAGCAACUCUUUUCUAUUUUAUUUUUAAUGCCAAAAAUAGUCGGACAGAAAAAAUGUUGUGUUUUCUCUUCUCAGCGUCGGAGGCCUUACUAUUCGGUCUCUUAACAUUACAUUUAUCUUACUUAGUAUAAGCUUUUGCUUAAUCAAAACUGCUGUGAUCUAUGAAAUCAACUGUCGGCGUGUUUCUUGC